CGUCGUGCCUUAAUUUUCUCGACACGACCAUGUUAUUUCUCCAAUCAAAAGUCAAAACAAUGUCAUUUUGUCUCACACAGUGUCUCAGUUGCACACGGUUCGAUCACGUGCAUUCUCGCCUACUGACCGUUAAAGCACGUGCUUCUGUCGCCGGCAUGGCUCGAUCCGUCGUCCGAGUCGCUGCUGCUCAGAUGACGUCAAGCAACGAUCUCGCCGCCAAUUUCGCCACUUGCUCUCUCUUUGUCAAAGAAGCAGCAGCAGCUGGUGUGAAAUUACUUUGUUUACCGGAAAGUUUUUCGUUUAUUGGGGAAAAAGAUGGUGACAGUAUCAAGAUUGCAGAACCGUUGGAUGGUCCAAUUAUGCAACAUUACUGCUCUUUAGCCAGAGAGUCUGGUAUCUGGUUAUCUCUUGGAGGCUUUCAAGAGCGAGGAUCUGAUGAUGCACAUCUACGCAACACACAUGUUAUCAUUGAUGAUAGUGGGAGCAUUAGAAGCACGUAUCGGAAAAUAUUCUUGUUUGAUGUCGAUGUUCCGGGCGGAAGGGUAUACAAAGAAAGCAGCUUUACAGAAGCUGGAAAGGAUAUAGUUGCAGUUGAUAGCCCUGCUGGAUGUCUCGGUCUUUCAGUUUGUUACGAUUUAAGAUUCCCAGAGCUUUACCAGCAGCUCAGGUUCCAGCAUGAAGCCCAGAUUCUAUUGGUGCCUGCAGCAUUUACAAAAAUUACGGGUGAGGCACACUGGGAGAUCCUGCUUCGAGCUCGUGCAAUUGAGACGCAAUGUUAUGUAAUAGCUGCUGCACAAGCCGGAAAGCACAAUGACAAAAGAGAGAGCUAUGGUGACACGUUGAUAAUUGAUCCGUGGGGAACUGUAGUUGGUAGAUUGCCAAAUAGAUUUUCAAGUGGGAUAACUGUGGCUGAUAUUGAUUUUUCAUUGAUUGACUCGGUUAGAGCAAAGAUACCAAUUGCCCAGCAACGAAACCCUAUUGAUAUUUGGAGAUCUUCGUCGCAAUGAUUUUUAAAGGCCACAGUCUAAUUAUCUAUGGAAGUUCUUGAUUUCAGAAGCUUUUGAGUUUGUAUACAUAGCAUUAGGCUGAGCAAAAAACGAACUAAACCAUGAAUCCAAAUCAAAAUGUACUUUGAAUUGGUUAAAAUACUAGUUUGGAUGCUAAUAAUUAAUAAGUGUGUUUUUCUA